AUGGGUCCCCGAAGAACAAAACUGGUUUUACUAAAGGGUCCGGGUGCAGGAAAGGUGUGCGGCUGUAAUGUCUCGAACGCUUCUACAACGGACGUCUCUCUGGGCUUUAACUCAACUCGUAUCACUUUCAAAGCUGGGACAACAUACAUUUUUGGCAAAGGAGGUGGCCUCAUCACAUUCAAGUGGCCAGCCAAUGAGAGACCAAGCACGAGGACAGACAGGCUGACCGUUGGCUUCAGUACCUCCCUGAAAGAUGGUAUCCUUGUCAGGAUUGACAGUGCUCCAGGUCUGGGGGACUAUCUCAUGCUGCACAUAGCUCUCUCUCCUAAUCGUGGUAACUUGGUGGCCUGGGGGACACAGGACUCCUUCAUUUUUCAAAAGAGCAGCAUAGGGACACGGCUACAGGAGGGCACACUGCAGGGCCAGAGUCAUCUCCUUGAUUACAAAGGCUUUCCCCUCAUGGAAUACCUGGUAACACCACUGGCCAACCCUGCAACAGAACAGGAGCACCGAUUCAAUAAUGAGCACAUACGCACACGGGCCAUGGUGGAGUGCUGCAUCGGUUUGCUUAAGGGCAGAUGGCUCUGUCUAGGAUCAGCAGGGGGAACUCUACUGUAUAUGCCAGAGAAAGUUUAUGACAUCAUUUUGGCCUGUGGGAUUCUGCACAAUAUUGCACAGGAUAACAGGAUGCCAUUUGAUGUUCUAAUGCAGCCAGAUGAGCCUAUGCCCAGAGAGCUGUGGCCAGCACAGCCCCAUCAGGGGGCUAUACGGAGGAGACAGGACCUCAUUCAUUGCCUCUUAAAUGACCUCUGCUGUCAGAAUCCAGGACCGUGGUGGUGGGCCAGCACGGGGGGCAGAGGACACACGCCCUCUCUCACAGCUGGCGGUUGCCUGGCUCAGUGGGGCUGGCUCCAGGCCGGUUUGUGUAGCCUAGGGCUGAACAACUCCACUGGCGCCUGGCUCUGAUUGAUCUGAAACAUCAUUAA